UAUGGAGCGGACCUCGACGCCUCGAUCGGACCCAGUGGAAAACAUCCGCUACACUUUUUGGCGGUGUACGCCCCUGGCGAAGCGAUGAAAUUCGCCCGGCUACUUCUGGCGGCGGGCCGCGACAUCGACCCUAAGUGCGAUAUCGGCACGACCCCUCUCUGCUGGUGCCUCACCGCGGGGCGGCUAACCAAAGCUCAUUAUCAGCUGGCGACGUUCCUCAUCGAAAACGGGUGCGACGUUCUCAAGGCGCACAGAGGUUGGAAUCGAGCUUUGGUCGUUCACAACCCGCCCGGUGUUCAAGGACCUAUGCUGAUGGAUAUUCUACGUCGAGAGCCUCGAACGACGACUAAUCUGCGCUUUACGCAGUACUUCAGGGAGAAACUGCUGCAUGCGGGGGGUUUUAGGUUUCCUUCUGCUGCC